UUUGAGAGAGAAAUUUGGGAGAAUGUAUUUGAUUUUAUCCUGCUAAACUCUGUCUGAUUUGGUUCAGACUCAUUGGAACUUGAGUGUAAAGAGCAAGCAGCAUGGUUAGUACAUCAACAGAGAUCUUUCCGUUCAAGGACCAAGAGCUCACUGCUCACCUCCUGUUUCAUUUGAACAUACUCAGACAGCAGUAGAUCUUCACCGAUGUGAUCUUGUGCACCGAAGACAAGGAGAUUCCAUGCCACAGAAAUGUCUUGGUUUCUAGCAGCCCGUACUUCCGAGCCAUGUUCUGCAGCAACUUCCGGGAGAGCAGCCAGGCUAGAGUGGACCUGAAAGGGAUCACAUCGGAAGUCAUCGAAUGUGUUGUGGAUUACAUCUAUUCUGGUACCAUCACCAUCACCAUGGAGCUGGUGCUGCCCCUGAUGCAGGCAGCCUCCAUGCUGCAUUAUGGGAGGCUCUUCGAGGCCUGCUCCACUUUUCUACAGGAACAGCUCAAUCCAGAAAACUGCCUGAGCAUGAUCCGGCUCUCGGAGAUCCUUCACUGUGAAAGCCUCAAGGAGAGAGCCAAAGAAAUGGCUGUGCGGUGUUUCUCAGAUGUAGCUGCUUCUGAGGACUUCUGUGAACUUUCCCUUCCCGAGUUAAUGUGCUACCUGGAGGACGACCGACUGUGUGCGGAGGAAGAGCAGGUUUUCGAGGCGUUACUUGCUUGGAUUCACCAUGACCCCUUCUCCCGUCGAGGAGCCAUUCACGACCUCUUUAAGAAGGUUCGGUUGCGGUACAUCCAUCCAACAUACCUCUUCCAGUUUAUCGCCAAUGAUCCGCUCGUCCAGUCGUCUGCGCUGUGCACCGAGAUCAUCGAGUCUGUGCGACGUCUGAUGUUUUCCGUAAGCGCCAAAUGCACUCAAGAGCUGAAGCCUCUUUGGACCACACCGCGUCGCUACAUUUGUCGGGAGACUCUGGUGGUGGUUGGAGGCCGCAAGAACAAUGAACAGACGUCUCGAGAAGCGCUUCUCUACAACGAACGGACACAACGGUGGCAGUGGCUCGCGAAACUACCUCUGCCACUCUACAAGGCGGCGUAUGUCUGUAUUCACAGCAUUCUGUAUGUGGUUGGUGGCCUCAGUCUUCGUCUGAUAUCUGGAGACAGUGCGGUUAGCGCCACAGUUUAUACUCUCUCAUUGAAGACCAACCAGUGGAGGACCGCCGAGCCCAUGCUGGAGCCACGUUACGGCCAUCAAUGCAUCUCCUACCUUCACUUCAUCUUUGCUCUUGGUGGAAUAGGGCCGGAUAAGCUGAUCUCAAAUACUGUGAAGCGUUACAACAGCAUGUUCAAUCAAUGGGAGACCAUGGCGCCGAUGCCUACAGCAGUCCUACACCCUGCAGUCGCGGCAAACGACCAGAGGAUUUACGUGUUUGGAGGCGAGGAUGCCUUGCAGAAUCCAGUGAGACUAAUACAGGUUUAUCACAUCUCCCGCAACUUGUGGUCUAGACUGGAAACCAGGACAGUGAAGAACGUCUGCACACCUGCUGCUGUGAUAGAAGACAAUAUUUAUAUUGUUGGAGUGAUUGCCUACGACACCAAAGCUAAUAAGUUUGUGAAGUGCACCAACAUGAAGGAGAGAAGGAUGCACCAUGCGGCCACAGUCAUCAAUAACAAACUCUAUGUGACCGGAGGACGUUUCCUCAAUGCUCAUGAUGUCAUCGAAGACUCCAACUGCUUUGAGUGCUACGACCCUAAAACAGACGUGUGGACUUCUAAAGGAUCGUUACCGUACAAACUGUUUGAUCAUGGUUCACUAUCGCUGAUCUGCGUCUCCAACCACCCCAACCCACCAUGACUGCUUAAAGAGUGCAACACCUCUGCUUGGGCGUCCCGUUCGCUCCCCUGCUUAUUAAGGGAAAUGAGAAAUAUGGGGCCACAGCUGAGACUGGAAACCAUCUAAGGAAGGUUGCAUUCGCUUGUGGGUUGAGUACAUCUCAGCUGUGACUUUGAUGGUAUGCUGCUGGUGCUCGCCAGCAUCUGUGCCAUCUUAAAUCAAAAGAGAUUUGAGCUGGCAAUUGCAAGUGUCACGGUGGACCUCAGGGAGUGAGCCUAGGACCUCUGUGACCCAAAAAUCUUCAGACAGAUGUUUCUCAUCAUGAUCUCCAUCUCUCAGAAUGGCUUGAACAGCCAACUUUUAGUCGAUAGUGCCUUGUUAGCAUGAAUUUAAUUGGAAUCCAGGAGAUAUGACCAUUUUUGUUUUUGUUUGAUUAAAUAAUUGGUGAAGUGAAGAGAACAUUCCCUGAGAGCUGUGUGUGGUCAGUUCUAUGUAAUUAAUGAAGGCCAAAAAUGAACCUAAUGGAUCAUGAAAUGCUUGAUGUACCAUGCAUGCUAAAAGUAUGUGGACACCUGGUUCUAAUUAACAUGGUUUACUAUUUCUGCUACACACAUAACUAACAGAUGCAUGCAAUCUGCUAAGAUGAACAUUUUCAGUAUGGGGCCCAAUGGA